AAAAUGUCUAGACGUUAUCACCCCAACAUAAUACUUACUGGAACUCCAGGAUGUGGUAAAACUUCUCAUUCCACAACUUUGGUUUCUCAAUUGGGAGCACCAUAUCAACAUAUCCCAGUUAGUGAUGCUGCAAAGGAAAGAAAAUGUAUUGAGAGUUAUGAUGAAGUAUUCGAUACUUCCGUGGUUGACGAAGACAAACUUUUGGACUCGCUUGAAGUUGAUCUUGAAAAGGGAGGAAUCAUUGUAGACUGGCACUGUUGUGACAUCUUCCCAGAAAGACUUAUUGAUUUGGUUGUAGUGUUGCGUACAAACUCUUCUUUAUUAUAUGAAAGAUUACAAAAGAGAAACUAUAAGGAAAACAAGAUUCAAGAAAAUUUGGAUUGUGAAAUCAUGGAAGUCAUUUUACAAGAUGCACGUGAAUCCUAUAUCCCAGAGAUUGUGAUUGAGUUGAACUCCAACUCUGUUGAAGAGAUGGAUGAGAAUGUAGACAGAAUCAGUGCUUGGGUUGAAAACUGGGUUAAGGACCACCCAGAAGGUGUUACCAAUGAAUUAGACCCAGAAGUUGCAGCAGCUGCAGCUGCCGCCGAUGGUAUGGAUAGCGAUGAUGAGUAA